AUCUCAAGUAACUUCCGGUUUAAGUUUUUAAUUUAUUUAUUUUGACAAUAAAAAGUGUUUAACUUUAAGCAUGACUCUUUUUGACAAUAUUAAACAGCUUCACCAAUCAGAAUUAUAUGGUGAAGUGAAGCAAUUGGCUACCAUAGCUUUAACAUUAUGUGACAACAACACAGAAGCAGAACUCUUGUCACCAUCACAACGAUAUCAAGUCCUUGUUUUCCUUGCAGAUUCUCUCUGUUAUUUAACAGAAUUUAAAAAAUCAGAGUGUAUUUAUCGUAAAGCUCUGCUGUUUAAGAAAGCUAUAAAUAAAGUUGCAAAAGGAAAAUGUGGAAAUGUUACAGAAAUAACAACAGAUGUAGAAGUAAAGUAUAGAUUGUAUAACUGCUUAACAAAGAUGGAACAAGAUAAAGAAGCUUUAAAUGUUUUAGAAAGCAUCAACACAAAACAAAGAAAUUCAAAAGUAAAUCUAGCUUUAGCUAAACUGUAUUUAAAAGAUGGAAGAGAUAGAUCUGCUAUAACAUGUUAUAAAGAAGUUGUCAGAGAACAUCCUAUGGCUCUAGAAGCUAUUAAUGGUUUAUUGUCUCUGGGCAUGAAAUCAGCUGAUGUUGAAGCUCUAGUGAUGAAUAGUUUACCACAUGGUUCUAAUUAUGAUUGGUUAACUGUGUGGAUUAAAGGUCAUUCCUAUUUAGCAUCUAAAGAAUACAACUACGCUGUCUCUACAUUUAAACUGAUGGAAUCUAAGUUAAAUCUCCGAGAUAGUGUACCUAUACUCAGUGCUAUAGCUGAAUCUAAAUUCUAUGAUGGUAAUUAUCAACAAGCGAUGUUAGUAUUUCAACGGAUUAGAUCUCUUGAUCCAUAUUAUAUGAAGAAUAUGGAUCUUUAUGCAUAUAUACUAGUAAGAGAAAGAAGUUCCAAGGAAUUACAAAGUUUAGCUCAUGAUUUGAUAGCUAUAUCAGAACAAGCACCAGAACCAUGGAUUGCUCUAGGUUAUAUGACUUUAAUAUGUUCAAAUAAAACAAGAGAAAAAUUAUCAAGAGCAUUGUAUUUUGGAGUAAAGGCAUAUACGUUUAAACCAAAAUUAGUUGAAGCUCUGUUAUUAAAAGGUUCCACAUUAGUAGAAUUAAAGAAAACUCAGGAUGCUAUAGUACAUUAUCAGGAAGUAGUUAGAUUAGCACCACAUAGAUUUGAAGCUUACCAAGGUUUAAUAAACUGUUAUUUAAUAAGUUGGAGAAUGAAAGAUGCUAUAUCAUGGUGUGGUCGAGCUAUGAGAACACUAGGAAAUAGUGCCAGAACUUUAACAUUGUCAGCUUCGGUGUUAGCCAAAGAUCCAAGUACUAUUUCAAAGGCUAAACAGUAUCUUGAGAAAGCCAUGAGGUUUGAUCCUACAUAUGUUGAAGCAGUCUAUAUUACAGCAGAAAUUUUAAUGCAGGAAAAAGCAUACCAACAAGGAAUUGAAAUAUUAAAGAAACAGUUAUCAGUGCAGACUAAGACUUCAGCCAGACUACAUCAAUUAUUAGGAGAUUUUCAAGCACAGAUGGGUUUUUAUGCUGAUGCUUUAAGUCAGUAUAGUACAGCGUUAGGGAUUGAUCCAAACUAUAGUCGUGCUAAAAAAGGUAUAGAGAGAGUGGAGAAACAGAAUGUUGAUUUAGAGACAGAUACAGAAGCUGAAGAUAUGCGUGCUAGUGAUAAUGAUAUUGAGUUUGAAGGAAGUGACUUAGAUAGUACAUGGUCGGAAGCAGAGUUUAACUGAUCACAAUAUGUAUUGAGAUAACCGAAAUCAAAGUAGUGCUGAAUGGAAGAUGCUGAGUAAUAAACUGUUUAUUAUUGCAAGUCGAUCAGUUUAUUAAAUGCUGACAGUGCCCAGGCAAAACUAACUGUAUGGUGUCAGUCAAUCAAAGAUAAAAAUCAAAUGUUUGAAAAGAAAGCAUAAAACAAAAUGUAUAUAUUGAAAUGCAUUAAUGUUUUGAGAGAUAGUUGUUUCUCAAAUGACUUAUUUCUGACAGAUGUUAGUCCCAGAUUGUUCAGUCUAAGUUUAUUAUUUGAUAUGACUAUAUACAACAAUUGAACUGAUAGAUCAUAGAUCAUCUCGCUCUGUAUACAUGAAAUCAUGAUUGUGAAAAUCAAAACAGUGAGUUCAAUUUUAUUUGUUUAUAUAUUAAUGACAACAGGUUCUUAUCAAUUUAGUUUAAAAGUGGAUGUUAAGUGAGGUUCUUUCACACACAUUCUACACAAAGGUGUUUUCCUCAGGUUUAGAAUCCGUUAUUCAUUGAUAUUGAUUUAUAAUAUAUUGUUAAUUAUGAUUGCUUUCGCAUUUUAUGCAAUUAUAUGUAACAAUCUUAUAAUUCAAAACAAAUGUGGUCCUUCUUAUAGUUUACAUCUUUCUUCUUCAUAUCACAUAACAAAUUAAAUAAAAAUUGAUACAGUGCAAUAAUAUUUACACUAAUAGUAUACAUAAACAUUCUCUUUAAAUUACACAAUUCAACAUUGUCACACAUAAAUUUUAUCUGAAUCUGAAAAUGUAAAUAAAAUACAUGAGAAUAAAUAAUUUAUUUUUUGUAAAAAUGUUACGGUAAUAAAUGAUGCUUAA